GAGGGGAUCAGAGGGUUGAGUGGUAAACUAUUCUACUUAUCAUAUUCCACUGAAAUACGACAUUGACCCCCAUUUUAGAAUUUAGACCCAUUUGGUCAAAGAUAGUGAAGGACAAUCUUGGGUUUUCGGAGCCAAAACUACUACUGUGUUUUUACCGAGGGUGUGGAGUAUUUUCCUUUGUUUAAAAGUUACAAAAUGGCGAAUUUUAACGUUCCUUUUACGAGACCCCACGAGUGGGCUUCUGUCUUCUGCUACCUUUUCCUCUCCAAGGUCCCCCAUCUACUCGUCCAUCCAUCUAAAGCUAAACCUCUCUGCCCUUCUCUCUCUCUCUCUCUCGCAGCUCAGGGAAAAACAAGAGUCAAUUACGAACCAAGAAAGAAACCCCCACAAACUGUGUCUUAGCAAGGCCCAAACCCUGCAAAACUGAAGACCCUCUCUCUCUCUCUCUAUAACAUAAGUGGGAUGAGUCAGAGAAGCCAAGACAUGGGGCUGAUCAAUCACCUUUGAACCCAGUAGUAAAAGAAGACCCCUCAAACCCCACCCCCACCCCACCCCCACCAAAUGGAACUAACAGAUUUGCAAAGCAACAAGCAAAGCAACACUACCACCACUCGCCACCAUCAGCAACACCAACACCAUCAUCAUCAUCACCCACAACAAAACCAGUCCUCUAAUUCCCACCUUGUGGCCCCUUUUGAUGGCAGAUCGGGAGGACCCUUCAUGGGCUCCAUCUCCAUCCAAGCUGGCCUCUCCACCCACGGUGGUUCAUCCACUUCCUCUUCUUCCUCUUCUUUGUCCUCCGCCUCCACCUCUUCCUCUCCCUCCUCCUCCACUGCCCCUCCUCACCUCGUCGACGCCUCGCUAGCCAUCGCUACCAGAUCCGAAUCCCAACCCUCCACCCGAUCCGCACCCCUCCUUGACUCCAUAAAGAAGAGCCCAAGCCAACAGAAUCAACAGCUAUCAAUCGUACCCACUACAACGACAACAACAGCUACCACAACGACCACCCCAGUAAAGCGAUCCACCAAGGACCGGCACACCAAAGUCGAUGGCCGAGGCCGCCGCAUCCGAAUGCCGGCCACGUGCGCUGCCAGGGUCUUCCAACUGACGAGAGAAUUGGGCCACAAGUCCGACGGCGAGACCAUCGAGUGGCUACUACAGCAGGCCGAACCAGCAAUCAUCGAUGCCACCGGGACUGGUACCAUCCCAGCCAAUUUUUCCACUCUCAACGUCUCGCUUCGCAGCAGUGGUUCCACGCUCUCGGCCCCGCCUUCAAAAUCUGCUUCUCAUUCCUUUCACAGCGCUUUGGCUCUAGCUCACCAUCCUUACCUUGAAGAAGGAUUCGGUCAUCCUGCUUUUUUAGGUUUUCAUCAGCAGCAGCAGCAACAUCUUAUGACAGCAGAUCAAAUAGCAGAAGCGCUUCCUAGUGGCGGAGGCGGCGGUAGUGGCGGUGGUGUCGAGAGCGGAGGUGGCGGAGAUUCCACAGAGAAUUAUAUGAGAAAGCGCUUCAGAGAAGAUCUAUUCAAGGAAGAUGUUCAUAAUCAACCGCAAGGUAGCGAAAGUGGAGGUGGUGGAGACGGCAAUUCACCUUCAGGGAAUAAGCAUUUCAAGAGUAGCUUACAAUUACCGAAAUCGCAAGUACAGGAUCAGGCAGGAUCUUCUGGGCUGCUUAGGCCUUCCAAUAUCCUGCCUGGAACUGCCAUGUGGGCAGUGGCACCAGCACCCAGCAGCGGUGCAGGCAGCACAUUCUGGAUGCUGCCCGUGACCGCUGGUGCCGGUGGCCCAUCCAUCACCACUACCGCCGCUUCUGGGGCUGGUCCUUCAGAAUCGCAUAUGUGGACUUUUCCCCCGGCGCCAACCGCGAGCGGGAACACAUUGCAAGCACCACUGCAUUUAUUGCCGAGGUUCAAUCUUCCGGGCAGUCUUGAAUUCCAAGGAAGUAGAGCCAAUCCUCUACAGCUGGGUUCCAUGUUAAUGCAGCAGCAGCAGCCGCCCUCUCAGCAUCUUGGGCUAGGCGUGUCAGAGUCCAAUCUGGGGAUGUUGGCCGCUCUUAAUGCUUAUUCUAGGGGUAGUUUGAAUAUGAAUUCUGGCCAUCAAAAUCACCCAUUAGAGCAUCAUCAACACCAGCCUCAAGCUACUGAUAGUGGAGAUGAAGGCCCUAAUAGUUCUCAGUGACAGUCACAAUAUACGACUUGAUCAGUUGCUCUAAUAAUAUAUAUAUUGUGUAUAGAACAGCUUGAUUUGUUUCCUUUUUCUUCCGUGCGAUGGGGUCAGGAGCUAGAGAUUGUUGGCUUUGUUUUGCAGAGUUGGAAGCUUAAAUUGCGAUGAGUCGAGUUCUUCAAAAUUCAAUCAAUCAUCGUCUGAGGAGAGUGGCUCCUAGUUCUCAUUCUAGCGUUCUUUGAGUUUUAAGUUUCUUCUUAUAAAUUUUUUGUACUGGUUUUGGAUUUGUCUAGAUUGAUGUGGAGUGCGAGAUGUAAUUUGUUAGCUAAUUUGGUCCAAACGGACAAAAAGGAACAGGCAGAGUGAGAUUGUAUAGGAGGAUAUUAAUUCGUUCGUGUUCAGUAUUGUUAUUUGCUUUGUUUGUGUGAGAAAAUGAAAAAGAAAACAGGAAGAAUGGAAAACAGCCAAAGGGUAAAAUUCUGAUCUUUUUGGGUUAAUAUAGCAUGUUUGACCAUUCUUGUUUCUUUUUAUUUUUUUUUUCAGGAAAGCAUCUUCUUUCAUUCUCGUUGCUUUCAAAACACACCGAGAAACAUGAGCAAUAAUAUUUUCAAGUUCUUUUUCAAUCUCUGUGAGAUGAAGAGGAGCAUUAGUUGCCAGAUAACUAAACCUCGGCGCCUGUGGUUCUUAAAGAAAUGAAAACAGACGGAGCAGAAAGGACAAUGAAAGAAAUGCAGCAAAGCAGCAGUAAGUAACUUAAGGCCCUUUAUGUAUGAGAGAUAGGGAGAGCUCCAAUGGAGUACAAAUAUCCUUUGACACACGAAAGAGACUAGACAUACCCCAAGAGUUUACUCACCACCACCUUUCUUUCUGUGGUUGUAAAGACAGAUCCAAACGGGCAUGUCAGGUGGGUUUUAUAACCUGCUACUUUUCUUUCUUUCUUUCGGUUUUUUCUUUUUUCUUUUUUCCCAUAGCAAUGUUCCCUUCUGAUACGUGGAAACCACAACAAAAUGCAUGUGAUAAUGAUGGUAUUACGUGCAUAUAAGAAUAUAUUUCUAGCUGCUUUCUUUCAAGCAGAGCCGUACAUCA